ACAGCAAUUAUAAAAACAUGCAUCGAAGGCACACAACCCUUCGGGAGAAGGGCCGCAGGCAGGCCAUCCGGGGCCCAGCCUACAUGUUCAAUGAGAAGGGCACCAGCCUGACUGCAGAGGAGGAACGCUUUCUUGAUUCUGCAGAAUAUGGCAACAUUCCAGUCGUGCGAAAAAUGCUGGAGGAGUCCAAAACCUUGAACUUUAAUUGCGUUGAUUACAUGGGACAGAAUGCCCUACAGUUAGCUGUAGGGAAUGAGCAUUUGGAAGUGACGGAGCUCCUCCUCAAAAAGGAGAAUCUAGCUCGAGUUGGGGAUGCGCUGUUGUUAGCCAUCAGCAAAGGAUACGUGCGCAUAGUGGAAGCAAUAUUGAACCACCCCGCCUUUGCACAAGGGCAGCGUCUCACACUCAGUCCCCUUGAGCAGGAACUGAGAGAUGACGAUUUUUACGCCUACGAUGAAGAUGGAACUAGGUUUUCCCAUGACAUUACCCCUAUCAUACUUGCAGCCCACUGCCAGGAGUACGAAAUUGUUCACAUCUUACUUCUAAAAGGUGCACGGAUUGAAAGGCCACAUGACUAUUUUUGCAAGUGCAAUGAAUGUAUUGAGAAGCAGAGGAAAGACUCCUUUAGUCACUCUCGAUCGAGAAUGAAUGCCUACAAAGGAUUAGCCAGUGCUGCUUACUUGUCUCUUUCCAGCGAAGACCCCGUCCUUACUGCUUUAGAAUUAAGCAAUGAAUUGGCCAGACUAGCCAACAUUGAAACUGAAUUUAAGAACGACUACAGGAAGCUAUCUAUGCAAUGCAAGGAUUUUGUAGUGGGGGUUCUGGACCUGUGCAGAGACACUGAAGAAGUAGAAGCAAUUCUGAAUGGAGAUGUGAACAUACAUCUGUGCCCUGAGCAUCACCGGCCAAGUCUGAGCAGAAUUAAACUGGCGAUUAAGUAUGAGGUCAAAAAGUUUGUUGCUCACCCUAACUGCCAGCAGCAGCUGCUCACCAUGUGGUAUGAAAACCUCUCAGGCUUACGACAGCAAUCCAUAGCUGUGAAAUUCCUGGCUGUCUUUGGGGUUUCUAUAGGCCUGCCCUUCCUUGCCAUAGCCUACUGGAUUGCUCCCUGCAGCAAGUUGGGACGGACCCUCCGAAGUCCUUUCAUGAAGUUUGUGGCACACGCUGUUUCUUUCACAAUCUUCCUUGGACUGUUAGUAGUGAACGCUUCGGAUCGGUUUGAAGGAGUAAAAAAUCUUCCCAACGAAACCAUCACAGAUCAUCCCAAACAAAUAUUUAGAGUCAAAACAACUCAGUUCUCGUGGACAGAAUUGCUGAUCAUGAAGUGGGUAUUGGGCAUGAUAUGGUCAGAGUGUAAGGAGAUCUGGGAAGAGGGCCCACGAGAGUACGUGGUACAUCUCUGGAACCUUCUGGACUUUGGGAUGCUGUCCAUCUUUGUGGCGUCGUUCACUGCCAGGUUCAUGGCUUUCCUCAAAGCGACCGAAGCACAACAGUACGUCGAUCAGUACGUUCAAGAUGAUGACCUCAAUAAUGUCACCCUUCCCCCUGAAGUUGCUUACUUUACUUACGCCAACGAAAGCUUCGGGCCCCUGCAGAUCUCUUUGGGAAGGACUGUGAAGGAUAUCUUCAAGUUCAUGGUCAUCUUCAUCAUGGUGUUCCUGGCCUUCAUGAUUGGAAUGUUCAACCUUUACUCUUACUACCUUGGUGCAAAAUACAACCCUGCAUUUACAACGGUAGAAGAAAGUUUUAAAACCUUAUUCUGGUCAAUAUUUGGCUUAUCUGAAGUGAUAUCUGUGGUGCUGAAGUACGAUCAUAAAUUCAUUGAGAAUAUUGGAUAUGUACUCUAUGGAGUAUACAACGUGACCAUGGUGGUGGUGCUGCUUAAUAUGCUAAUAGCCAUGAUAAACAACUCUUAUCAGGAAAUUGAGGAGGAUGCAGAUGUGGAGUGGAAGUUUGCACGUGCCAAGCUCUGGCUAUCCUACUUUGAUGAAGGAAGGACUUUACCUGCUCCCUUUAAUCUAGUGCCAAGCCCUAAAUCAUUUUAUUAUCUCAUACUGAGAAUAAAAAUGUGCCUCAUAAAACUCUGCAAAUCUAAGGCCAAAAACUGUGAAAAUGAUCUUGAGAUGGGAAUGCUGAACUCCAAACAACGGAAAGUUCGUUUUCAGUCUGGCAGUCUGCAUUCAGAAAACUUUUCAGUGAAGAAUGCUUAUAACAAGCCCACAAGAUACCAGGUGCCAACCCUACCUCCCUCUGGAUUCUACUACCUUGGCCAUCUUCAACACACCAAAAUAAUGAAACGCCUGAUUAAGCGCUACGUGCUGAAGGCUCAGGUGGACCGAGAAAAUGAUGAAGUCAAUGAAGGAGAACUUAAAGAGAUUAAGCAAGAUAUUUCUAGUCUCCGAUAUGAACUCCUGGAGGAGAAGUCCCAGGCUACUGGUGAGCUGGCAAGACUUAUACAGCAACUGAGUGACAAAUUUGGGAAGAACUUAAAUAAGGACAUUUGAGGGUGAGCACAGAGGAAAGCAACUGGUUUUCUAAACAUUAUUCAGUCUCAACCAGCAUCUUAAGAGGACAAAAACAGCGCAAAAAAUAGGGACCAGGCACUCAUCUUCUACGAAUUGGCAGUGUCAGUUGGAGCACUUUGCAUUACUCCUGUGUUUGGUGAAUUUCCAGUUAAAUCUUUUAUGACACAAAAUAACUUACUGGUAAAAGCAUACGCC